AUGGAGGAGGAGAACGGCACUGUGAAGACUGAAUUCUUUCUCCUGGGAUUUAGUGACCAUCCAGAACUUCAGAGUCUUCUUUUCGCUGUGUUUUUUUCCAUCUACUCUGUGACCUUGAUGGGGAACAUUGGGAUGAUUUUUUUAAUCAUAACCCGUUCCUGCCUGCACACGCCUAUGUACUUUUUCCUCUGCAUAUUGUCCUUCAUUGAUGCAUGCUAUUCUUCUGUCAUUGCUCCCAAAUUACUUGUAGACUUGGUUUCUGAUAAGAAGACCAUUUCUUACAAUGGAUGUGCUGCACAGUUAUAUUUUUUCUGUUCUCUGGUUGAUACAGAAUCUUUCCUUUUGGCUGCCAUGGCUUAUGACCGGUACAUAGCAAUAUGUAACCCACUGCUUUACACUGUUAUUAUGUCCGAGAGGGUUUGUUGCCAGCUUGCAAUUGGAGCAUUUUUGGGGGGUACUAUGAGCUCAAUUAUUCACACUACUAACACCUUCCAUCUGUCUUUCUGCUCCAAAGAAAUUAACCAUUUCUUUUGUGAUAUCUCCCCAUUAUUCUCUCUGUCCUGUGCUGACACUUACACUCAUGACAUGGUCCUGGUGGUCUUUGCUAGUUUGGUUGAAGCUAUCUGUCUUCUAACAGUUCUUCUCUCUUAUGUCUGUAUCAUCACAGCCAUCUUCAAGACAGGCUCUGCUGAGGGAAGAAGGAAAGGCUUCUCCACUUGUGCUUCCCACCUGAUGGCAGUCACUAUAUACCAUGGUGCCCUAAUCUUCAUUUAUUUGCGACCUAGCACAGGUCACUCACUGGACAUUGAUAAAGUGACCUCUGUGUUCUAUACACUGAUUAUACCUAUGUUGAAUCCUCUUAUUUACAGUCUAAGGAACAAAGAUGUUAGUAAUGCCUUUAGAAAAAUGAUCAGUCUGAAAUUGCUUUCUUAA